AAUAGUUUGAUUUGUGUAUUUGUAUGGUUAAUGGUUAUAAAAAAGUUUAUUAAAGUUAAAUAAAAUGACCAAUACUCCUACUUUAAGCAAUUCCAAUGGAAUUGAAGAUGAGGAGAUGCCUGAUACUAAUAAUGUUUUUAAAACUAGAGAAUUUCUGUACAAGCUUAUUAUAAGCCAAUUAUUAUACGAUGGAUAUCAAAAUGUGGCUACAUCAUUACAACAAGCUGUUCAAGCUGAUCCGAUUAAUGCCCCUAGUGAUAGAUUGUACCAUUUAACAAUAACAGGACUUGAACAUGAACCCAGCAUUAAAGACAGACCCAAAACGUCUGCAAUUGGGAACAAUCAAAUCGGUCCAGGAUUAGAUCUAGAAUUCGAAAUGGAAUCAAAUGUCCCAGCACCAGAACCAGCCCUUUAUGAAACAGCCUAUGUAACUUCUCACAAAGGAAACUGUAGAGCAGGUUGUUUUUCAGCAGAUGGUCAACUAAUUGCUACAGGAAGUGUAGAUGCUAGUAUAAAAAUAUUAGAUGUAGACAGAAUGUUGGCUAAAUCUGCACCAGAUGAAAUGGAUCCUUCAAGAGGAGAACAGCAAGGACAUCCUGUUAUUAGGACUCUUUAUGACCAUAUGGAAGAAGUUACUUGUUUGGAAUUUCACCCUAAAGAACCAUUUUUAUGCUCUGGAAGUAGGGAUAUGUCAAUAAAGCUGUUUGAUAUUUCUAAACCUAGUGUAAAAAAGGCUUUCAAAACUAUUACUGAGGCAGAAUCAGUGAAAGCACUAUCAUUCCAUCCUUUAGGAGACCACUUAAUUGUAGCAACCAAGCAUCCAGUCAUACGUCUCUAUGAUAUGAAUACCCUGCACUGUUUUGUGUGUUCCUUCCCAAAACACCAACAUACUGCACCUGUCACAAGUUUAAAAUGGUCUCGAGAUGCCAAACUGUUUGCCUCUAGUAGCAAAGAUGGUAACAUUAAAAUUUGGGAUGCUGUUUCAAAUAGGUGUGUCAAUACUUUGGUAAAAGCACACGAUGGGAUGGAGGUAUGUUCUGUACAGUUUUCAAAGAAUGGGAAGUAUUUGUUAUCUGCUGGGAAGAAUUCCAUUUGUAAAUUGUGGGAAUUGACAACUAGUAGGUGUUUAGUGGCUUAUACAGGAGCUGGUACUACAGGCAAACAAGAAUAUGAAGCUCAAGCUGUAUUUAACCAUACCGAAGAUUACGUUCUCUUUCCUGAUGAGGUGACAACCUCUCUGUGCGCGUGGAACUCAAGAAAUGCUUCCAGAAAACAGCUGAUGUCUUUGGGACAUAAUGGCGCUGUAAGACUGAUUGCUCAUUCGCCUACUCAAGCGGCAUUCUUAACUUGUUCUGAUGAUUUCCGAGCAAGAUUUUGGUACAGAAGAACGCCAACAUUGUAAUUCUGUUUUUCGUCAAAUGUGUCACUUAAAAUCGUAAUAUAAGUUUUUUUUUAAUUAA